GUUUGACUCUUAUUUGAACGGUGUCACUUAAAUUGGUACAGAGAGAACAGAAGAAGCCCCUCACGUACCUACCACCUGUCACUCCUUCUCACCAUUCACCGCUUUUUAUACGUUGUCGUUUUAUACUCCACAACACGCAUUCCUAGGUCUUUCUCGUUUCACAAUUCCCAUUACAUUUAUACCCCUCACCGUUGUGCCUCAGAAAGAAUUGGUAUUUUUUGUGAUUUUUGUUCAAAGUAAAGGAGAUUUAUCUUCGAACUUUCUUCUUUUUUCUCUCUCUCUCUCCCUCCCUCCCUCCACUUUCUCUUUCUUGCGUCGAAGUUGUUGCCUGUAUUCUUUUGUUUUCUCUUCUUGAAUUUGCUGCAACAAUUUCUCUCUUGGGUUUUGUAUUGAAAUAUAGUGAAAAAAAUGAAAUCUUGUGAGCUUUGUAAGGGAUUAGCUCGGAUGUAUUGUGAAUCGGACAACGCAAGUUUGUGUUGGGACUGUGAUGCGAAGGUUCAUUCUGCAAACUUUCUGGCAGCUAGGCAUUCUAGAUCUUUGCUGUGUCAGGUGUGUCAGUUACCGACGGCAUGGUCAGCUGCCGGUCCCAAGCUUGGGCAGACGGUCUCUGUAUGUGAUAGGUGUGUUGAUGGGUACUAUCAUAGGGAUGAAAUGGAGGAAAGUGAAAGCGUGAAUAAUGGAGAAAGUUGGACCAAGGAUGAGGAUAGUGAUUAUGAAGAGGAUGAAGCCGAUGAGGAGGAAGUUGAUUCGGAGGAUAUUCAGGUCGUUCCCUGGUCAAAUAUGACUCCUCCACCGCCGGCUAGUUCAGCCACUAGUGAAGAUUCAUCCAAUGUUCUUACAAAUAUGUCGUUGAAGAGAAUGCGUGAAACAAAUGCGGAUCUUCAUUCAGAUGACGAUAAGUGUUCAUCAUGUCAGGAGAAAGUUACAUCACCAGCAACAGCUGUUGUUGAGUCAUGUUCGACAAGAAUGAGAAAGGCGGGUAAGAUUCAAAGAAGGGAAACAGAUGGGUUAACGGCACCGGAAUGCACAGCGGUGAUAGAGUUCAUUAAGAGAAAUAAUGGGCAGAAGAUGAAUUCCAAUGCUACCAUCGCCGAGCUAUGUAGACUGAACGAGGAUACAAGGACCGUUCAUUUGGAAAGCUCGGAGACAUAAUAGCCGUCUGAUUGACCUGACCAUUCCUUUCAAUUUACGUUACGUCAUUUCUACUUUUUACUUUACCUCCUCAAAUCUUGUAGUCGGUUUAGGAUAAGAGUUGUUGAUUUGUUCUAGUACUAAUCUAAUCUUGUUAGGGAUAGGAUCAUUUUCUAGUAUUUUAUUUUUAUUAUUUACUGUAUGUAAUAUGCGUAGGAUAAUAUUUUUAUUUAAAAGAGAAUGCCUUUAAACACAUUUGUAACA